AUGAAUGACAGCCUAUUUGUCAGUCUGGACAGACUUUUGCUAGAAUUUGUUUUCCAGUAUGAACAAGAUAUAAGUACUAAAGAAGAUAUAGUUCAGCGAAUUAAUAAAUGCCUUGAAGAUAUUAAAGAAUACAAAGCUACUGUUUGUAAGAUACAUGAAACUAUAAAUACGACAGAUGAGGAAAUUGGUCAUUACUGUAAACAUAGUAAAGAGAUCAAAGACAACUGUAGUAACUGGAAGCCAACAUGUGAUGUAUUUCAUAAACAUGAAGACUACAUGCAGGAGCAAUUUAUUAUUUAUCAAGAAACUAUUGAAAAAGACAAAAAAAUGUACCAUGGUUAUAUAUGUCAGUAUGAAGAUGUUUUAAAGCAAUAUCAACUAAAAUACUCAGAAACACCCCUCUCACAUGAAUAUUAUGAGAAGAAAAGAGAAUAUGAAGAAAUUAAAAACAGAGUGUUGACAAGUACUGAACAACUGAAAAUGAAUGAAACUAUUUUUAUGGAAUUUUUAGUGCCUGCCCCCUUUCCAUCACUUACCACUUGGACACUACAUAUGGUUAAUUUGAGAUAUAAAACACAAGAUAUUCUUAAACAUGCUAACCAGUUUUCCAAAAGAUCAUGUGACUUGAAGAAAGAAGUAGAUGACAUGGAAAUAGAAAUUAAUUAUUUAAACCAGCAGAUUGCAAGACAUUAUGAAAUGAAGAAUCUUACAGAAACUCUGGAAGAAAAAAGUAAAAAAGUAGAAAAGAGAAAGGAAUUGAAAGAAAGAAUUUUUGAAAAAGAUCCACAACCUGUACUUAUGUUGAACAAAACCGCUCAAAACAGUCAAUUAUUUCUUCCAUAUGAAUCUCAGAAAUUAGUAAAACCAAUAAAGAUGCAUUCUUCAGAACCAAGAGUUAUAGAUAAAAAAGAAGAAAGUUCUGUGAGUCAGUCAAAGCUUGCCAAUAUUGACUUCAAGCAAAAAGAAAAUGAUGCACAUGUAUUGAAUGACUCUGCUGUGAAUAACCAUCCAAAAUGUACACAUGUUACAGCUUUUAAAAAUUCACAAAAUAUUAUGCAGUUCAGAUUGGUAACUCCACAGAAACAAUCAAAUUGCAAUCAAUGGUUGGAAAAGAGAGAUACAGAUGCUGAGUGUGGAGAUAAAAGGACAAUAAGACAAUUGCCAGAAUCAAAUUGUGCUUCACAAAUUACAUAUGCAGAACAUUUUGGGAAGCAAAUAGAAAGUAAUAGUGAUGAAGUAGAAGAAAGGGCUGGGAUUUUUCCACGAACUUCUGAAAUUCCUUUAUUUUUACAAACUCCUGAAGAUGUGAAAACACCUGACUCUGUGGAGAAAUUACCUAAAACUCCCUCAUUUGAAAUGAAUAAAAAUAGAAAUACAGCUACUGAGAAUCAAACACAAAAGGACUCCCCUGGAUUUUCUUUUUUAAUGAGUUAUACUUCUCGAUCCCCUGGAUUGAAUUUAUUUGAUUCUUCUGUAUUUGAUUCAGAAAUCUCAUCACAUCAGUUUAGUGAACAUUAUUCUUCAGGAAAUUUAAAUCCUCUCUCAUCACAACAAGAAAUUGGAAACUUAUUUGGGAAACCAGAAAGAGAAGAUGCCUUUACUUUUUCUUUUCCAUCAGACUCUUCAACUCAUACAUUUGGAGCUGGAAGAGAUGAUUUUAGUUUUCCGUUUUCAUUUGAACAGGAUCAAAAUUCAGCACUUUCUUCUGUAAAAGGGUUUUCAUCUACCUCACAAAAUACCACACAAUUUACUUUUUUUUGA